GCCAGUUGCCCGGGGCGGCGGCCGGGACGCUGCCUCCUCCCCCUUCGGCGCCAUCUUCUGACGUCCGUGCGGCGUUGUUUGGCGGUGGGGCCUUCAUGGCCAUCUGUCAGUUCUUCCUGCAGGGCCGCUGCCGCUUCGGGGAGAGGUGCUGGAACGAGCAUCCUCGCGGCGGCGUACGAUACGGGCCCUCCGCGACCUCCUACCAAGGUACAAGCAGAGGAGGAUGGGGUAGCGCUAACCAGAGACACACCAAUGUUAUCCAGCCAUCUACCUUUAAGUCUAAUGUGUGGGGUGGCAGCAGAGAUUAUGGAAGAGGACUUUCUGCCUCCUCUGGCUUUGGAUCAUCAGGGGGCAGCAGCGGAAAUGGGGACUUUUCACAGAACAGAUUUUCUGUAUUAGUCAACAGUCAAAACAUUGCUGAUGGCUACAAAGAUGAAGAGGAGAGACUUCUUGAAAGUGUAGUGAAAGACAUGGAAACUUGGGAAUCUUCAGGACAGUGGAUAUUUUCGUCGUAUUCACCAGUGAAAGAAAAGCUGAAUGUCUCAGGCUUUCAAGAUUUCUCGCCAGAAGAGUUGCAUCUGGAGUAUUAUAACUGCAGAGCAAACAAUAACAUUCAAAACUAUAUAAAUUCUGUCCAACAGUUAGCAGACCAAUGGAAAACUCGGCUGCUCCAGUUGAAAGUUUUAAAUGCAUCAACAAAAGCAGCCUUGCUAUCCGAACUAAAGAACACAGUCACUCAAUCGUUGCCUGCCUUUGGAUUUGGAGGACAGCAGUCGUUGAGCUUUGGGUUGUCAAGCUUUCCUGUGAUCAGCAGCAGUAGCAGUGUUAGCAGUUUCUCCUUUAAAACAAGUUCCAGUCUUGUCAAUGCAUCGUCUGGAAACACCUCUGCUUUUGGGAGCUCUUCUGGUGGUUGUAAUCCUCCUGCAUUUGGUGCGACAUCCUCUCUUAGUGGAUCCCAGUCUGCUGGUUUUGGCAGCCCAGCAGCUCCGUCUGCAGCCUCCUUCUCAUUUAAAACUUCUGAAAAAACUAGUGGUUUUGGAACUUCUGGGUUUUCAGGGUUUGGCACUACUUCUGCUGUGAGCUCUUCAAACAUCACUCCACCUAAAGUCUUUGGAGAUUUUAGUGCACCAGUAGCAACUUCUCCCUCACAUUCAGGCAGUACUCUAUUUGGACAGACCGCCAGUGACUCUGGACAGACCUUAAUGUCAGCGCCUUCUGCAGUCACAAACAAUACUUCAUCAGAAAAGUUAUUUACACCAAAGAGCGAACUGUCAGCUGAAGACUUGAAACAAUUUGAAGCAAAAAAGUUUACAAUUGGAAAGAUUCCUCUUAAGCCACCACCAUUAGAACUCUUAAAUAUUUAGAACUUUUAAAGUUUAUUCUGAAAUUACAUGGUUUUGUUACUUCUCCGAUACCUCACUCCAUCGCUUUGUGAUUGAAUAAUGAAAUAGAGUAAAUCCAGCUGAAAACAAAGUUGAGUUUUUGUUUCUUCUCCAUGUCUUCUGCAGUGAUAAACUCAAAGGUACAAACAUUACAACACUAUUUUAUAGUUUCUUGGUUAUUUUGGAAUGUACCUUUUAUGUUCCAAGAAAUGAACUAAUGAAUAUUUUAA